CUCAGUCCAAUAAGGAAGAGAAGAAUUGGAAUUCGGCAACACUAGAACGCACGACCGAAUAAAGCAGAAAGAAACGGCGUCGUAUCAACCAGCUCCGUCGUUUCACUCCACCAUCAGCACCACCUUCAAAUUCAAUUUCAACUUCAACUUCAACUCUCUCUGUAAAACACAACCCUAAUUUCUUCAAUCCAAUGACACCACGCACGGACGAAUAUGAACAAGAUAACAAUGACCUAAACGCCACCGACGACGAUGACAGCGACGACGACGGUCUCAAAGAAGACAUGGCCGCCGUCGCGCGAGCCUGUAAGUUCAAAGUAGACGAAAUUCCGUCUGAAGAAGAUCCUCUUUUGGCUUCUGGAGAUGAAAUUCCGUAUGAAAAAGAUCCUCUUUUGGCCUCUGGCGACGCAAUUGUCCCAUUCACCGGUACUGCGGACUCUGACUCUGACGGACAAAGUGACCGUGAAUGUCUCAAUAGAGUUAAGAGUCUCUGUCUGAAUAUUGAUUCUAUUCCUCAUCUGCAGCCGGCGGCAGCUGCUUCUGACGAUGAUGAAGAUGACAUGGAAACAGUUCGCUCCAUCUUCAAACGGUUUUCCGCUUAUGAUAGAGGUGGAUGGGAAGCAUGGUCUGAAGAGGAUCAGACCACGGGUUUAAUUGCUGAGAAGGAUGUUGCCAAGUGCUCCAUUUCUGACAGAUCAGAUGCCGGUAAAAUGUGUCCUGAUUCUCAAUGCCUUGAUAAUGACAGAUCAGAUGCCGGUGAAAUGUGUCCUGAUUCUCAAUGCCUUGAUAAUGACACCAAUUUGCUGAUUGAUACAUGUGAUUUUGACGAGACUUAUGAAAAAGAUGCUGGAUUGGCUUCUCAAGUAUUGAAUAAAAGAUCAAGAUUUCCUCCGUCGGCUCAAGCUUUUGUUGACGUCCUCUCGAAGAAUAGAGCUCUCCAGCAAUUUCUUAGAAGUAAGUUGAUUGAAAUUGAAGCAAAAAUUGAAGUAAACAACAAGCUAAGGGAAAAAGUUAAAAUCCUUAAGGAUUUCCAGGUUUCAUGCAAUAGAAGAACGGGGAGUGCUUUAUCAAUGAAAAAGGAUCCGCGUGUGCAGUUAAUAUCAUCCAAGAAGUCUUUUGCAACAAAAAAGUCAAAGAACAAUAAUAAGAAAGUGUCUGCAAUGCGUUAUGGCCCAGAUGAGAAUUCUCGUGUUGCUAACUAUAAGAUGGUAUUGGAAAGAUUUCCGCUCUCUUUGGAUAGGAAAAAGUGGUCAAAUAAGGAAAGGGAGAGUCUUUCAAAGGGAAUUAAGCAACAAUUCCAAGAAACAGUGUAUCAAAUUUCAGUUGAUAGAAUGGGUUCAGAGUGCUCUCCCGGAGACAUAAUUGAUUCAUUUAAAGGUCUUGAAAUCACACCAGUGAGGAUUAGAGCAUUUUUACCUAAAGUUAAAUGGGAUCCAUUGGCUUCUAUGCAUGUUACUGGCCGUACUGGUGCUGAAUGUGAAUCACGGUGGUUGAAUUGUGAAGACCCUUUGAUCAAUCAUGGCUCAUGGACUGGUGAAGAGGAUAGGUCUCUUUUGAUUAUUGUCCAAGAGACUGGUAUCAGGAAUUGGUUUGACAUUGCUGCAUCAUUGGCCACAAACAGGACUCCAUUUCAAUGCUUGGCACGAUACCAAAGGAGCUUAAAUUCUUCGAUGAUAAAUAGUGAAUGGACUGAGGAAGAAGAUGCUCAACUUUGUUCUGCUGUUGCAUAUUUUGGUGAGAGUAAUUGGCAGUCGGUGGCUUCUGUUUUAGAACGGCGGACGGGAACCCAGUGCUCAAAUAGAUGGAAAAAAUCAAUUUGUCCUGUGAGGAAAGGAAGCUUUACACCCGAGGAGGAUGAACGCCUUACAGUAGCAGUUGCGCUGUUUGGAAGGAAAUGGAAUCAAAUAGCUAAAUAUGUUCCUGGCCGGAUUCAAUCUCAGUGUAGAGAAAGAUACCUUAAUAGUUUGGAUCCUUCUUUGAAAUGGGGUGGAUGGACUGAGGAAGAGGAUUUAAGAUUAGAAGCUGCAAUCACCAAGUAUGGGUAUUGCUGGUCUAAGGUGGCUGAAGACGUACCUCCCCGCACUGAUUCUCAAUGUCGGAAGAGAUGGAAGGUGAUAUGUCCUGAACAAGUUCCUUUGCUACAAGAAGCAAGAAAGAGGCAAAGGUCUCUUCUUGCCAGGAACUUUGUCGAUCGAGAAUCAGAACGUCCAGCCCUUACACUGAAUGACUUCAUUCCUUUACAAAUGUUAGUUCCACCAUCUGAUGUUGAUGCUGAGAAACUCCAAAGGAAGCGGAAGAGAAAGUCGCGCGGCAUUUGCAAGGAAGAGAGGUCCAAAAAACAUGGAAAGGAGACUGAACUUUGUACCGUGGAAGCACGAGGCGCAGAUCCCAAGAAAGAGAGGCCUAAAAGACAUGCAAAAAAGAAAUCAUUUUAUCCUGAGGAUGUAGAAGAUAUAGUUCCCAAGAAAGAGAAGCCUAAAAGACAUUUGAAGAAGGCUCGAAUUUGUCCUGAGGAAGUACAAUAUAUAACAGCAUAUAAUGAUAGGGUCAAGACUUCUGGUGUUGGUGGUGUUCCAAUCUCUGCACCGAGCAAUGUUCCCAAGAAAAUGAGAUCUAAAAGAGGUGCUAAAAAGGCUCAGCCCAAGGAAGUAGAUAAUAUAGCAUGUAGUGACGAGGUCAACACUUGUAUCAAGAGUUCAGAAAGUCAAGAUGGAGACAACAUAACACUUGCAUGCUUUUUACGCAACAAAUCAAAGAAGAAACUAUCUCAAUGUACCAAAACCGCCAGCAAUGGUUUGUCUUCCUCUAGGACAAAGUCUGUAUCUAAGCAGGUUGAAAAUCAAAUCCCAUCUGGUGAGCAAGACAGAUUGUCUCUGUCAUGUGGUAUUGGUGGAACUAAAGAUUUGUUAAUGCAAACAGAAGAUGAUUCUAGCAGACAAGUGAGAAAACCAGAAGGUACAAAUGCAACUAGAAAAUCAGAGGCUGAACACAAUUUGAAUGGUGAUGGCAAUGCUAUACCUCUUAAGUUCUAUGUUAGAAAGAAAACAAAGAAAUGGAGUCAAGUUACUGAAGGAUGCCAUGCUUGCUCUCCCUCCAUAUUGAAAAAGGGAUCUACAUUACUCCAUGGAAACAAGCCAACCAUCAUUUCUAACGAUAGUGAACCAUCGAUGUCAAAAGUUGUUGAAGAGGAGACUGUUUUAAAUGGUGGUGUGGCUGAAGCUGAACCCACAAACAUCAAUGUUGUCGAAGAAGAGACUGUUCUGCAUGGUGGUGUGCCUGAAGCUGAACCCACAAACUUCCUUGUUGUUGAAGAGGAGACUGUUUUAAAUGGUGGUGUGGCUGAAGCUGAACCCACAAAUAUUAAUGUUGUCGAAGAAGAGACUGUUCUGCAUGGUGGUGUGGCUGAAGCUGAACCCACAAACAUCAAUGUUGUCGAAGAAGAGACUGUUCUGCAUGGUGGUGUGGCUGAAGCUGAACCCACAAACAUCAAUGUUGUUGAAGAAGAGACUGUUCUGCACGGUGCUGUGGCUGAAGCUGAACCCACAAACAUCAAUGGUGUCGAAGAAGAGACUGUUCUGCACGGUGGUGUGGCUGAAGCUGAACCCACAAACCUCCUUGUUGUUGAAGAGGAGACUGUUUUAAAUGGUGGUGUGGCUGAAGCUGAACCAACAAACAUCGAUGUUGUCGAAGAAGAGACUGUUCUGCACAGUGGCGUGGCUGAAGCUGAACCCACAAACUUCCUUGUCGUUGAAGAAGAGACUAUUCUGCAUGGUGGUGUGGCUGAUGCUGAACCCCCAACCAUCAAUGCGGUUGAAAAGGAGACUAUUAUGCACGGUGGUGUGUCUGAUACUGAACCCACAAACAUCGAAAUGCAAGAAAAUGAUGAACUGCCGCUUUCCUUCCUGAAAAACAAGACAAGGAGAUGGCAAAGACGGCCCAAUAUUCGGAAAUGAAGCUGUCGCUGAUGAUCCAAUUCACCUGGGCUGGUAACCUGUUUGUUUUCCAACUCCUAGGUAUGUAUAAAUACAAAACAGUGGAUAAAAACAUGUGCUCGGAAAUUGUGGAAUGGCAAAACCAUAUCAUAAGCAGAAGCUAGGUGGUUGGUAACUGCCAAAAGCUGAUAUAGCCAUGAUCAUGAAUUUAACCCAGAUUGCCUGCAGUAGAAAAAUAAAGGACCCCAUGGCCCGGAUUGCAUGUGACUGCAACUGCAGCAUAUUGCUACGGUAGGAAUCUUCUGAUUUAGACGAGGACAUAGUAAAAGGCAGUGAGUUUUGAGAUAACAAGCAUGCCAUUGGAAUUUUGCUGAGCUUUUGGUCUGUAUAGAAGCACAUUUUCGGCCUAGCCUAUGUAUAUAUACUGUUGGACUGCCAGAAUUUUGUAGGCUUGAAAUGAGUUAGAUUUUUGAUUAGUAAUACACUAACAAACCUAACGCAACUACAUGUAAGCAUGGGAAAUUUUACCAUGACAAAUAGAAUCAAAUUGGAUUUCAAACCGGCAAGAUUUUAAGAAA